AUGGUGGCCAUUAGUACCUUCUUCCGCCUCCUCUUACUGAUCUCCUCUGUGUCGGCCCUUGUUCCGACGGACACUGUCUUCGACAUCGAGUUGGUCCACCGUGAUUCCCCCAAGUCGCCAUUGUACAAUAGCUCGAUGACGCCUUUUGAUCGCUUGCAAGCAGCCGUCGUCCGCUCGGUCAACCGAGCUAGCUACUUGGACAAGCGCAUCACCAUGGAGACCUCCAUCGACGUAGAGGUCGGCGUGCUCUAUGAUGACUGGGAAUUCUUGAUGGGGUUCAGCAUGGGCACGCCAAACAUGCAAUCUAUGUGGGGCAUCAUCGACACCGGCAGCAUGCUAAACUGGGUCAACUGUGUUGGCUGCCAAUGCUUCAACAAGACCGUUGCCCUAUUCAAUACUAGUGCAUCCCUCUCCUACAAGAAGUUUUCUUGCUUUUCCGAUGAGUGCAGGAGCAUGCGCCCAACUCGUUGCAGUGAUGAUAUGAUGUGCAAGUACCAUUACUUCUACGCUGACGGCUCCAACAUCGAUGGAAUUUUCUCCUCGGAUACCUUCCAUUUCACCUCAUUAAAAACGAUGCAAUCUACAUCCAUUCCAAAUAUCAUAUUCGGUUGCAACUUCCGAUCAUUGCACACCAAAGUUAACGACCCCGGCAGCUUAAUUGGGAUGGGCCCUUCGCCACCGUCUCUGAUUUACCAGCUCGCCCCAAAGUACAUCAGCAGCAAGUACUUCUCCUACUGCCUAAAUAGACUCAUUGGGGGAGUUAGCAGUAGGCUCUUCUUGGGGCGCGACAAAUCGACAGUCGCCGAAAAGGCGAGUGUCACACCGCUCAUGACGCAAGACAGCUUCUACGCCGUGCAGCUUAACGCCAUCUCGAUCCCAGGUGAGUUCAACAUCUUCCUUACUAAGAGCCCCAAGUUGAGGGCCGGCAACAUUGUCUUCGACUCAGGCACCCCGUUGACCAAUUUGGAUACUCAAGUGCUAGAUCAGUUGGUGAAGGAAUUGACAGAUUACGUUAGAUUGCCAACUGUGAAGAAGGGAGACCGAUUCAAAUUGUGCUUCACUGUGCUCUCGACAGAGCAAGAGGAGCAGUUGCCGGGGUUGUGGUUCUCAUUUGCCGGGGCGUUGGGGAACUUUAGGGUAAGCCCUGAAAACCUGUUUAGGUGGUUUGGCCGGCAUGCGAAAUGCAUGAUGAUAGUGGGAACGAAUGGGUUACAGAUUUUUGGGAAUAUUUUGCAGCAAGAUGUUUUGGUUGGACAUGAUCUAGAUAAAAUGGAAUUGACCCUUAUAGAGAAAAAUUGCACCAAGUUAUACAAACCCUAA